AUGACCACUGCGGCAUCGUUCUGGAUCUCCGUCGCUUUCGAAGGGUCUUACGAUAUUUCGGACUCGGGCGUCAACUUCACUCAAAUCGGCACUGACCUUAUGCAUAACCAAGUUAACGAAGCUCCCUUUCACACCAGGCAAACCCCCUCUGCUGACAUCGAUCACUUCUGUGAUGCCGCACAUCACCCCCCUCUAUCCCGGAACAAGCGCGUCUUCUCGGCGCAUCAAUGCACGUACUGGACGCUUUCUCUCAGUGACUUUGUGGGUGGUCGCUAUUGCUCACGGUUCAACAUUGCAUCACUUCAGAUGAGUGUGACAGACACUUCAGCCAAGUGUUUACGCACUUGGAUCAAGUGUAAUGAAACACUCAUAUGGGGUGCAAACGCUUCCCACAGUGUUAAACGUGCAAUUCAUCUGGGUACUAUUGCUGUAGAACUUUUGGUCCCAUUCUCCAGUUUUGGUCACCCCAGGUAUGGUUUCGACACCGGGGUAAAUACAAGGGGGUUCCGGGAUCUGAAUUCUGGACCAGGGGUUGGUAUUCCUGCAUUACAGUCAUCCACCCACCAAUGA